UCUCCAAUUCUCAAACCCUAAAGCUCCAAUCUUUGAAAACCCAAACCCGCACAGCUCCGAUCUUUAAUGGCUCCGACGCCGUCCUCCGCGAAAUCCCACCACUCCCACCAAACCCUAGCCCGAACCCCCCAAUCCCGCCACCGCCUCCAGUUCUUGAAACCCCAAACCCCAAACCCCUCCUCCGCCCUCAAAGACUCUCCGGCAGAGCACCCAAUCGAGGUCCUCGCCCGGAUCCGAGACUACCCGGAUUCCAAAGACCCACAACCCGCCCCGGUUCUCCAAAUCAACCCACAAAAACAGAGCAUCCGGGUCAGAGCCGAUUUCGGGUACCGGGACUUCACCUUGGACGGGGUCUCGGUCUCCGAAAGCGACGAUCUUGGAGAGUUCUAUAGUCAAUUUGUGAAGUCGAGGAUUGAUAGUGUGAAAUUGGGGGAGAAAUGUACGAUUAUGAUGUAUGGGCCAACUGGGUCUGGGAAGAGUCAUACUAUGUUUGGGUGUUGUAAGCAGCCUGGGAUUGUGUAUAGGUCUUUGAGGGACAUAUUGGGUAGUGGGGAGGAGGAGGAUGGUGUGGUGGGGACGUUUGUGCAGGUCACGGUUUUGGAGAUUUAUAAUGAGGAGAUUUAUGAUUUGCUGUCUAGUAAUGGUGGUGGUGGUGGGUUUGGGUUUGGGUGGCCUAAAGGGAAUGCCUCCAAUUCGAAGGUUAGACUUGAAGUAAUGGGAAAGAAGGCAAAGAAUGCAACCUACAUUUCUGGAAAUGAAGCUGGAAAAAUUUCGAAAGAGAUUCAGAAAGUGGAGAAGCGGAGGAUUGUUAAGAGUACCCUUUGCAAUGAAAGAAGUUCUCGGAGCCAUUGCAUGAUAAUUCUUGAUGUCCCAACAGUGGGUGGGCGCUUGAUGCUUGUUGAUAUGGCUGGUUCUGAAAAUAUUGAGCAAGCUGGACAAAUUGGCUUUGAGGCAAAAAUGCAGACUGGAAAGAUCAACCAAGGAAACAUAGCACUAAAAAGAGUGGUUGAAUCCAUUGCAAAUGGUGAUUCACAUGUGCCCUUCAGAGACAGCAAGCUUACCAUGCUUCUACAGGACUCUUUUGAGGAUGACAAGACGAAAAUCUUAAUGGUUCUGUGUGCAAGCCCAGAUCCAAAGGAGAUACACAAGACAAUCGCGACCCUUGAGUAUGGUGCAAAAGCAAAAUGUAUAGUCCGUGGUCCUCAUACGCCAAUUAAGGAUAAAGUUGGGACUGAAGAUUCAUCUGCAGUUAUUUUAGGAUCAAGGAUUGCUGCCAUGGAUGAAUUCAUCCUGAAACUACAAAAGGAGAACAAGCUGAAAGAGAAGGAGCGAAAUGAAGCGCAUAAGUUGCUACUGAAAAAAGAAGAGGAGGUUGCUGCAAUGAGAGCUAAACUUCAGUCAAUGGAAGGGAAGGGAUCUGGAUCAAAGGAGGAAGAGUUCAAGUUGAAAGUGAAUGAAGUUGCCCAGACUCUGAAACAGGAAUUGGAAAGGAAGUUGGAGGAGUGCCAGAGAAUGGCCAAUGAGUUUGUUGAACUAGAGAGGAGGAGAAUGGAAGAAAGGAUACUGCAACAGCAACAAGAAGUUGAAAUGUUGAGAAAGCGGUUGGAGGAAAUUGAGUUUGAGCUAUGCCGCUCAAGUGAUGGAAAUGGCAUGGAGAGUGGGAGAAAGGACAAUGAUGGAACCCAGUUUGCCAAAAGGUUGAUGGGCAUCUAUGCCAGUGAUGGCACAGGGAUGAUGAAGUCAAUGGACAUGGUGAAGUCCAUGGAUCUGGACAUGGAUGAUCAAGAACCCUUUGUAGGUGUGAACUGUGGGGCAUAUCAAUCUGACUGCAAUAGUAACCAAGGAUUUGUGAACCAGCCUCAUUUAAAUGCAAUUGCUACAGAGAAUAAUGACUCUUUUGCAGAAAAAUAUGCUGACAGGGUAUGCCUCAGCACUGUUUUUGAGGAAGAAGAAUUGGAAGAGGAAGAACGUAAAGAAAAUGUGGAUGUUGAAGAAGUGCAGAAAGAAGUUAUAGAGGAAAAGAGAGUGUGUGUGGUUGAUGGGUCUAGCCUCAAAAGUAAUUAUCAGAGCACACCAACUUUAAAUCAGACAAACAGAAAUAUAGGGGAAGAUGGCAAGGGAGGACCAGAUGAUAGGCUUGUCAGAAUUCGCAACAUAUUUACACUCUGUGGAAACUACAGAGAGCUCUCUCAACACAUCACAAGUCCAGCACCUACUCUGAAGCCACUUGAAUCAUUCCAAUCAGAAAGUGACAAUGAGAUGUCAUUGGCUUCCAAGGAGAACUACAACCCUUCAAAUGAUGGAAGUGAUGGAACUAAUGCAGAUUGCGAAGUGUAUGUGAAAUGGGAGGCUUCUAAAGAAAAUCCAGGGAAGUUCAUUACAACUCUAAGGGUUGUCAAAGAUGCAAGCCUCGCUGACCUGCGAAAGCUUAUUGAAAUCUAUCUUGGCGCAGACAAUCAAGCUUUCAACUUUCUCGUGCUUGGGGAUCCCACUGGAGCUGUAGUACCAAAAGAGAAGGAAGCAACAAUACAGGCAACUAAGCUUCCCCUUUGCAAUGGUGAUACUAAUGGAUACUUGGCUUGCUUGAGACCAUUAAAGGGAACACAGGGAAUGCAUAGCAGCCCAAUUCAGCAGCUCCCAUUGACUCCUCUCCCCUUGAGCUCAUUGGAGAACAGACUACCAGUCACCCCAACAACAACUUGCUUUACACCAAAAACUGUGAGAAUUGGAGAGGGAGUAGAAUGCACAGAAAGUAUCUUCGGAUUUGCCGCAUCGGAACACGGGGAGGGGCUUGGAGCCGCGGAUGGCGGCAACGGCGAAGAUGGUUCCGGCAAGACCGCUGAGGAGGGAUAUGAAAGAGAAGACGAUAAUGGUUACGGGAGUGGGGAUAGAAGCAGAGUUGGGUUUGCGGGACUUGAGGAGCUUGGAGAAGUAGGUGGCAGUGGUGGUGGUGGGGAGAGGGGAAGACUAGCGAUAUCCUUAACCAUUAUGGGUUCAGUCUUUAAGGUCAAGAGCUCUGCAACAAUAAAAGAUAUCAAGGCUGUAAUAUGUGACAUGUACAGAUUUCCUGACAAUCAUCCAGAGUUUUUCUUGGCUGGUCAACCGCUCAUGGACUUCCAAAGGGUAGUGGACUGUGGAUUUCUUGAGGGCGCUGUUGAUCUUGUUUUCAAGAAUAUUGUGGGAAUUAAAAUAUUUGUCAAACUACCAUCUAGUCAGGACACCAUUGAGAUCGAGGCAAAAUCAGAAGAUACCAUCCUAAAAGUAAAAACAAUGAUUCAGGCUAAGGAGAAGAUUCAUCCAGGCCAAUUCACACUUGUGUAUGAUGGAAAGCUCCUUGAGGAUGACAUGACACUGGGCUCAGUACAUAUGAAGAAUGAGUCGACCCUUUACAUGGUUUCUGCUCCUAAAGAUUUUCUCUCAAUAUCAGUGAAAGCACCUUCAAGAGAGACUUUCAAAUUCAAGGUUAAACCCUUGUUUACUGUUAGAGAUGUCAAAAUUAUAGUUGAGAGCUAUACAGGUUGCUCAAUCAGUGAUCACAUUCUGAUCUAUUCCGGAAAUGAGCUUGAGGAUCUGAAGACAUUGGCUUUUUAUGACGUGAAAGAUGAAUCAGUAUUAGAGAUCUCACCUCCCCCUUUUCAGAUAUUUGUUAGAGUUUGUGAUGGGAAACUUAUAAGUAUUGAUGUGAAGCCGAGUGAUAGUGUCGAAGAAUUGAAGAGAGCGAUUUUCCACAAGCUUAAUGUGUCGAUGAUGCCUUUUGAUUUUUAUAAGCUUGUGUUUAGCUGGGAACAGCUCGAUGAAGUUCGGAAUCUGGCUAGCUACAACAUCCAACAGGGCAGCAAACUUCGUUUGGUUCUCUCAUCAUCUGUUAUUGUAAGGGAUUAA